AUGUCUUCUGCUUUUGCCAACCUCACUAUUUUACCACCGGACCCGUUGUUUGGUCUCUCGGCACGCUUCAAGGCGGACACCAGAGCCAACAAGGUCGAUUUGGGGAUUGGCGCCUACCGUGACAACCAGGGCAAGCCAUGGAUCUUACCGUCGGUCAGAUUGGCCGAAAAGAAGUUGCACGCGGAUCCCACCUACAACCACGAGUACUUAUCCAUUUCCGGGUUUGAGCCCUUCACCUCUGCCGCCGCUAGGGUCAUCUUGGGCAACAGCUCUCCCGUCAUCCAGGACAACCGCAUCGUCUCCAUCCAGUCGUUAUCUGGUACCGGCGCGCUCCACGUGGCCGCCUCUUUCUUGAAGCAGUUCUACACCGGCUCUGACGCGGCCCCGACUGUCUAUAUUUCCAAGCCAACUUGGGCGAACCACAUCCAGAUCUUUGAGUCCGCCGGCAUCCAAACGGCGUUCUACCCCUACUGGAACGACGCCACAAAGUCUUUGGACUUGGAGGGCUACUUGGCCACCAUCACAGCCGCCCCUAGAGGCUCCAUCUUCCUCUUGCAUGCCUGUGCGCACAACCCAACCGGGUUGGACCCUACGCAGGCGCAAUGGAAGCAGAUAAUCUCCAGCAUCUACGCCAAGGGCCACUUGCCGCUCUUUGACUCUGCCUAUCAGGGGUUUGCCUCUGGGUCGCUUGAGGCGGAUGCCUGGGCCGUGCGCCAUGCCGUGGCUACCCAGCCCCAGGACUCCACCAUUCUCAUCUGCCAGUCUUUCGCUAAGAACGUGGGUAUGUACGGCGAGAGAGCGGGUGUGAUCCAUGCCAUUACCCCAAAAUUCAACAAAGACUUGAACGCGGCUAUUUCAACUAACUUGCAGAAGAUUAUCAGAAGCGAGCUUUCUAAUCCUCCAGCCUAUGGUGCCAAGGUUGUGGCGACCGUGUUGAACACCCCUGAGUUGUACGUCCAAUGGGAGAAGGACUUGGUGACGAUGUCGAGCCGCAUCUCCACCAUGCGCCGCGCCUUGAAGGCUGAGUUGGAGGUGUUGCAGACGCCGGGAAAGUGGGACCACAUUGUCGAGCAGCAGGGGAUGUUUUCCUUCACCGGGUUGAGCGCCCGGGAAGUCCAGCGGUUGGAGGAGACCCACGGUGUCUACAUGGUCAGCUCCGGGAGGGCGUCUGUGGCCGGGUUGAACGAGGGGAACGUCAAGAGAGUUGCCCAGGCGAUCAACGAGGUUGUGGUGCAUUUUAACAGACAGCACAAGUUGUAG